AUGUGCAUCUCUGGUACAUUUGGUGGGCUUUUUGCAUACGCUGUACAUACCAUGGGGGCUCAACGUGGACUCGCCGUGUGGAGAUGGCUAUUCAUUGUCGAGUUAUGUGUCACGCCUUUUGUUGGUAGUAUCGAGUGGUUCUUCCUGCCAAACUCCGCUGAGAAAGCAUGGUUCUUGACCGGAGAAGAACAAGUGAUAAUGCGUCUGAAGAGACAGCGUGAUCUUGUGCAGCGAGGUUAA